GCGGCAGAGCGCCAGUCAGCGGACUCCUGAGGACCAGCGGCCCGACUUCGGCUCGCCGGCGGCUCUCUCCCACCUUCAACCAACCACCUUUCUCGGGACCAUGGCGGCAGUGGCUGCAGCCUCGGCUGAACUGCUCAUUAUCGGCUGGUACAUCUUCCGCGUGCUGCUGCAGGUGUUCCUGGAAUGCUGCAUUUACUGGGUAGGAUUCGCUUUUCGAAAUACUCCAGGGACACAGCCCAUUGCAAGAAGUGUUCAGGUACUCCCUGCAGAAGCUGGCGUACACCGUGUCGAGGACCGGGCGGCAGGUGCUGGGAGAGCGCCGGCGGCGAGCCCCCAACUGAGACCCCUGCCUCCAGCCCCGGGCGGCCGUGUCACCAGGUGCUCCUGUGCCUCUCGCCCAGCAUGGGAGCCUGUGCCGCGCAGAAACGGGGCACCCCCCGUGUUCUCUCGCCAGAGGAGCACUUGGCAAGGUCAGUGAGGGGCCACCAGGCCCCCACAGAAGCAGCACCGCUACGCCAACUAUACAGAUUCUUUUCCAAUCCCUUCGCACCGGGACCGGGAUAGAGGGAGGAGGGGGGGUAGGAGGAGCAGACCUGAGAUCUGGGCCUAAGUACAGCAUUCUGGUCUGGACCAAACCGGGACAGCGCCAUCCUAGUCCUGAAAAGGAGGCCAUGCCAGCAGGCCC